UCACCCUUCAUGCUCCGAAAUGCAACCAUUUCCAGCCUUGUGGACCCCGAGGGGGCGCCCUGGCCUGUCCUGCUCUGCCUGUGCCCCUCCCCGUGUCCCAAUGCCUCCGACCCCCUCCGCAUCCCACGUACGAGUUAAAACGGCACCAACACACCCCCUCCUUAUCCGUCAUCCCAUUUGCCUUCUCCCAGAACUGACAAUCGUAACUGCUCUUCGCCCAAUGCCCUUGGCCUCUCGCCAUUGAACCUGCCUCCAUCAUGAUCCCGACGGAUAGGGGAAGACGACCCCUGCGGGGUAACGAUGAUAUGGAUGACGACGACGGAACCUAUUACAGUGACGGAGGGAGCAGUUGCAGCUACUCUAUCUUUUCGUACGACGACUUCUCAUCGCGAGACAGACAGGACCGGGGCCCCGUAUUUCGUCUCAAAAGCGGAGAGCAGGACAAGGCCGUCUACGAAGCAUGGAACGUUUAUUACUAUCCCGGCAAGCGGGAGGCACUCGACGGCCGGAAAGUGCUCGGAAUUACCUCUCAGAACUUCGAGGAGAUACCUAGCCGCACCGAGUUGAGGCGCCAGCCGUCUGCGCAGUCAGAACUAGCAGACAUGCAUCUGCGCGCCAUUGAGGAUUUCAAGACGCAACACAAGCGGUGCUGGGCCACGCGAGCUCUCCGUGGAAGGGGCAAGACUUACGAGCAGGAUCUCGACGAGAGGUGUCGCGGCGUCCCCGCCGACGUCAGAAAGACCGUGACGGACCUCCUUUUCGACAAGGGUAGGGCAACGUCAACACGUUACCGGACGCGAGCCUGGACGGUCGUCGCGAUGCGGGAGCAGCUGCAGGAUCGCUUCGCUAGCACCGACUUCGCGGACGUGAAGCGGCACAAGGUCCGCUUUUGGAAGAACCCCAAACCCCAGGAACACUUGCUGUAUACUGUGGUCAUCCGAGGAGCCGAGACCAAGGUUGUCCCGGCCGGUGAGGACGGCCUUGCCACCUUCUCUCCAAUCUCCAACCCCUGGAUGCACUGCGACGAUGACGAAAGACGCCGCAGAGCACGCGAGGAACGCGAGCGACGUGACGCCGCUCGCCAGAAGAGGCGCACGUUGUCGCCGUCCUUCAGAGCUCCCUCCCCGUCAUAUCGGGCCCGGUCCCCAUCGUACCGCGCCCGUUCCCCGUCAUGCGGAACCCGGACGCGCUCCGUCUCGCCACCCUCGUACCGCAGCUGGCGGGGCCGCUACGACUCGCCGCCGCCGUCAGCCCGAUACUCGCGCAGCGACACGCCUCCCCCGUACCGGUCCUCCAGCCCGCGCGCGUCCCCACUCCCCAGUCGCUCCCCUAGCGUCCGCAUCCGCGUCGUCCCGCGCUACACCCCGACCAACUUCGACGACACCCCCUUCCCCCCAACCCCGCCUGAAUCAUACACCCCGCCCCCGGGCGUAUCGGCGUACAACCGCCCCUGCACGUUCGCGCCGCCGCCGGCCUUCCCCUCACCCUACACGGCCCCGACGAUCAGCCCCUUCCAGCCGCGGCUGCCCUACCCGGCGCCGCAGAUGCCGGUGCACCACCCAAUGGCCAACAACCCCCUGCCGACAACCGACACCAACCCGCCCACCCCGGCAACCUGCCUCGGCUGCCGCACCACGCGUGCGCCGCCGUGCGUCCACCACCCACGAAGCAUGCUCUGCCGCAAGCCCAUUCUCUUCCACGCCGGCCUCCCCUACCACCCGCCGUGCAUCCCCUGCGGGACGUCACCGCCCACCGGCCCAACCUACCCCCACACGAUCAUCAGCACGGGCAUGGGACGAUACCCCCGACCCGUCAACUCGCACCCCAACCUCAACAACAACCACCUCACCACCACCAACUUCACCACCACCCGCCUCCCGGCCUACGACAUCCCCCUCUCCCGCUACAUCCCCCCGCACCGCAUCCCCCACCAGCCACAACCCCCCCUACCCGCCUCGCACCCCACAAACAGCAGCAGCAUCAACAACUGGUUCCCCGACUCUCCCGGGCCCAUGCCGCCGGCGCCGAACCCCUUCUCGCCGCUGUCGACGCCGCUGCUGACCAGCGUGGGCAGUGGGUCAAGUGCGGGUGGGUCGAGCCCCGCGCUGUCACACGCUUCGUCGUCGUCGCCGUCGUCGUCGUCGUCGUUGUCGGGUGCGCGGACGCCGGUGCAGGAGAUCGAGGCGGGGGUGGAGGUUGUGAGGGUUGAUGGGGAUGGGGAGGGGGAGGGGGUUGGUGAGGUGGGUGGGUUGGAGUAAUCUGUAGGGUGGUCUCUCCUUUUCUUCUUCUUUGGGUCGUUUGGUAUGUUUG